GGGAGCGCGGCCGCGCGUGAGGGACGGGCGGAGCGGGCCGGCGGCCGUGAGGGGCGAUGUCGGCUCGGGGCGGCUUCGGAGACCCCCAGUUUCUAACCCGGCGCAUCCCCCCGAAUCCCAAGUAUCAACAUAUUAAAACUCGUCUGGAUACUGGAAAUAGUUUGUCGAAAUACAUGGAAAAACUGGAGGAGAUCAAAAGAAAUUACAGGUACAAAAAGGAUGAGCUGUUCAAGAGGCUGAAGGUGACAACUUUUGCUCAGUUGGUUCUCCAGGUGGCCUCUCUGUCCAAUGAAAGCCUGGAAGUGACAAACGAGGAGCUGCACAAGCUGCAAGGUGCUGGUGCUGCAGGUGACGAUGGAGCAGGGACAAACGGCAAAGGGAGCCCUGAGGGGACAGCCAGCCCUGUGCUGUUCCUGAACGACUCAGGAGCCGGGGAAUCCCUUCGCUCCACGCUGCAGAGUGUGAUCAGUGGGGUCGGGGAGCUGGACGUGGAGAAGGAUUCUCCCAAGAAGGAGGACAAGGACAGCCAGGCCAGGGAGAGGCCCUACCCCGACUGCCCCUUCCUGCUGCUGGACGUGCGGGACCGCGACGCCUACGAGCAGUGCCACAUCGUGGGGGCUUAUUCCUACCCCAUUGCAACGCUGUCAAGAACCAUGAAUCCCUAUACAAAUAAUAUUCUGGAAUAUAAAAACGCCCAUGGCAAAAUCAUCAUCGUGUACGACAACGACGAGCGCUUGGCCAGCCAGGCAGCCACCACCAUGUGUGAGAGGGGCUUCGAGAACCUCUUCAUGUUAUCUGGGGGCCUCAAGGUCCUUGCCCAGAAGAUCCCAGAGGGGUUGAUCACCGGCACGCUGCCCGUGUCCUGCCAGGUGACGGCUCCCACAGGAACUGCCCGGAGGAGAACGACCCCCAGGGUGCCACCCACACGUGCAGAGAACAAGUGGAGGUUUUCUGCAGAUGAUCUCCAGAAGUUGAGGCAUUACCUGGCUGAGGAGCAGAUGCCUUCAGAUGCUGCCAGCCGCCUUACCCGGGGGCUCUCAGGCCACGACUCCAAACUCUCAUCCGUGAGGAGCAACCGCAGCCUGCACAGCUCUCCUCGCAGCCUGGCGUCCCUGAGCAGCCGCUCGCACAGCAGGACCAGCAUCCAGAACAGGCCCUGGAAAUAAAGCAGUCUCCAGGUUUUGGGAACGCUGAGCAGUGCAGCCCCUUUGUGGUUUUAGGAAUCGGCAGGGAAAAGCAGCCCUGGUGAGAACUGGCAGCUCGGGUAAGGCUGGGCAGCUGGAAUGAUGUUCAUAGAAGCAGGAAUGGCAUCACUUGGGGCGCAGGGCAGGACAGAGCUGAUAAAACUGGUUUUGUAGGGGAGGGAGAAAACUGCUAGUAAAGGCUGGCACCAGUAGAAACUGUCCCACAAAGUUUUUAGUCCAGCUGAAGGAAUUUGUGUCCGUGACAUUGCCAGGCCAUGCCUGGAGCUGUGAGGGUGAACAGGCCACAAAUCAUCUGUGAGCAGGAACUUUGGUGGUUUUAGCAGAGAUAAAGACAUUCAGCAACUUGCCAAAAGUGAGAGAAGAUCCUGGAAGGGUUGUUUGUUGGUUUUUUAAAAUAAAUUAUGAUAAUGAACAGAAGUAUUUGUAAUAAAGAUGUUUUUUAUUGCUCAGUUGGUGCUGUGACAGUGGUGCUUGCUCGUGGACACUUUGUGAAUAGUUGUGUCUUUUUCAAGGUGACCUGGAGGAGAAUAACUAGAAUUCUGGGAUUUUGUUUUUUCCAAUGACUCCUUUGCCAGUGGUUUUUUAGGAGUUUUUUUAAGGUUUAGGGUGGCUGAAGGAAAAUUUGCUGCUUCUGCUACACCAAGGUCCCUAAAGCCCAGCAGGACCCUGGAAUCAGGAACUGAACAGUUGGAAAAGUGAGUAGCACAGUUUUCCUCAAAUUGGUGCUUCUGGAUAACCUGGGAAUCCUCUGAUUUUCCUGAGCUACCUAUGGGGAGUGAUUUUGGAGAGAUUCUGCUCUCCAGUUUUUCCAUCUGGCAUUGCUGAACCUGGUCCUGCUUUGGUUAUCGUGGUUUUGUGGAGUUUGUGUGUAUUUUUGGAUUCAGUGGUUUUUUCCCCCCUUUUUGAAGCAGACAAUUUUCAACACAUCCCAAAACUCACCGGUGAUUUUGGGAUAAUUCUGAUGAAAGGACAAAAAGUAGGAGAAAUGGCACAUAAUUUCCUGUUUGGGAGAUUAGGACUCAACAUCCCUGAGCACAUUUAUCUUGUAUUGUGACUGUGAGUGUGAAAUCAGACCGUGCUGAUUGCAGGACUGGCAGGUUCAGUCUGAUAAGGUCCUGCUGCUGUGGGAGUAGAUUUUUCCAGCUCCAUGAGCUCUUGGCAGUGUCAUUGCAUUGGCUAAAAUCCUGAUUUUGCUGUCCAGCUGUGGGAGACAGAUCCAGAAUCCCUGGCUGCUCUGUGCUGCAUGAAAACCUCCUGGUGAAACUGUUGGAUAAAACUGGCUUGAAUUGUUUGUGAUACUCCAAAUCCAAGGAAUCAAAGCAAGGACUGGAUGUACUUUCCCACCAUCUCGAUGGAUUUGAGUGGAUUUGGACUCUUGGUGUUGUUUGGAGCAGAGUCAAACUCCGUAGAGGCUGAGAGGUUUAAUUUAAUAAAAUGUAAAUUACAGCA